CUGGUUCGCAUUUACAACACCAACGAAGAAGAAGAAGCUAAUCUGUAGUGUUAGCAAACUUACAAUAAAUAAACAGAAAAACUAACACGGUAGCAAAAUGUCAGCGGAUACUAAGAUUGCCGAGCUGCUCACAGAGCUCCAUCAGCUCAUCAAACAGACCCAGGAGGAGAGGUCACGCAGUGAACAUAAUCUGCUCAACAUUCAGAAAACACAUGAGAGGAUGCAGACGGAAAACAAAACUUCUCCAUAUUACCGCACCAAGCUCAGAGGACUGUACACCACAGCCAAAGCAGAUGCUGAGGCAGAGUGCAGCAUUCUGCGUCAUGCUCUCGAUAAAAUUGCAGAGAUCAAGUCGUUGUUGGAGGAGAGGAGAAUAGCUGCUAAGAUGGCGGGGGUGUACAGCGACAGCGACCCUCCCAGGAAGACGAUGCGGCGCGGCGUCCUGAUGACGCUCCUCCAGCAGUCUGCCAUGACGCUCCCACUGUGGAUCGGCAAGCCGGGGGAGAGCCCGCCCCCUCUGUGCGGGGCGACCCCUGCCAGCAGCGAUUACGUGGCCAAACAGGGCGACAAGGUGGCGGCGAGGGUGAAGGCCGUGGACGGAGACGAGCAGUGGAUCCUCGCCGAGGUAGUCAGCUACAACCACUCCACCAACAAGUAUGAAGUGGACGACAUCGAUGAAGAAGGCAAAGAGAGACACACUCUGAGCAGACGGAGGAUCAUCCCUCUGCCUCAGUGGAAGGCCAACCCGGAGACGGACCCAGAGGCUCUGUUCAGUAAGGACCAGCUGGUGCUGGCCCUCUACCCCCAGACCACCUGCUUCUACAGGGCCCUCAUUCACACCCCCCCACACAGGCCUCAAGACGACUACUCGGUGCUGUUCGAGGACACGUCGUACGCAGACGGCUACUCCCCCCCGCUCAACGUGGCUCAGAGAUAUGUGGUCGCCUGCAAAGAGAACAAGAAGAAGUGACCAGCGACGGGAAAUCACAGAUGAUUUCUAUUUUUGUAGGAAAAGAUGCUCGGAAAUAUUUGUCUAAAAAAUCGAAAUAGGCCCUUGGAGCAGAUUCACCAGGUCAUAAAACACCUGAACAGACAUUUUAAUACUUGUCAUCUUUUUAAUGAGACUGUCAAUAUCAGCACCAAGACCUUGAGGAGUGAACCUGAACGUCUCAUCGGGAAAAAAUUUAACUGUGUCCUAAAUUUAUACUGGAUACUGUAGUCGUGUGUUCACAGGGGAAAAAUGACGAAUAAAGUAUUAAAAUCUGUCUAUACUGACUUUUAAGUGUGCUGUUGACACACCAUUUUCCCACAGAAUACAAAUAAAAGAAGAUGGAGGGGAUAAACACAUCAGACGCCCGCUUCCAUUAAAGCUGACCUCCUUCACUUGCUUGUGUAAAACUGCUUUGUGUUUAUUUAUUUUGUAAUUAUUGCAGUAACCAAAUGAAAUGUAUAUUACUGUAUGCAUAAUACAUUUGGACACAGAAGUUGUAUUUUAUUUGGACCUUUUUCCCAGCCAGGAGCAGCAUCUAGUGGCCAGUAAAGGAACGUUUUACUCAUAAACCUGCGUCGGUUGAUCUCCCUUUGAGAGCCUAAACUGUUUAUUUUGUAACUGUAAAGAGUGGAUAAUUGUUGUGUGAAACAGAAACAACAAUGUUUUCAUGCGUCACUGCUUUGUGUCUUAUU